AUGUUCGCGGCGAUGAGGAACGAUCUCGAGAAGAAGCAAAUGGAGCAGCGCGAGGCUGAAGAGCGACAGAAAAGGCUUCGGAAGAAGUGGCAGGAGCAGAGAGACCAAGAUCUUCAGCGCCUGCAAAACUCGCGGCACAACACCAUCCUCAUGUCCUCUGCCAAUACGAACGCAACUAAUGGUGCAGUGAAUGCCAGCUUUCGACUGCGAAGAAUCCAUCGCGAGAGCUGUCGUCAACUCACGGAGGAACUCGAACUCGGAGUGAGUGUACAACGGGACCUCAAGGAAGCCAAGGACACGGCGUUUUUCCACUUCUACUACUUGCCGGAAGGCCACGGGUCGAUUAUCACGUUGAAGAUGCACGCUCUACGAGGAGAUGCGGAAGUGUUCAUGUCCACGGACACCAAAGUUCCUUGCAGCACGGACUUCAUGUGGCGGUCUUCCGAAAGGAUGGCGAAAACCGCUGGCGAAGGACAUCGAAUUAUUCUCUAUCCUCACGACUUGCUCCGCGUUCAGCCCGAUUCAAUGUCACUAAGAGUCGGUUUUUACUUGUCGGUUGUCGCCAUGGAGCCAGGCACGACGUUCACUAUUGCAGUCAUGUCCUCGGGCCAAAAGAUGCAGCCGUCACGCGCGAUUCAGACGGUCGACUACCUCAUCGAUCGCUUUAAUAUGCUCUCAAGGUCGUUCCAGGGGCAAUCGACAUCGGCCGGAGCUGCAAGUACAAGGCGGAAGUUGAGGAAAGGUGCGGAUGAGACGGCUGAUCAACAAGAGCUGAAGUCAUUCCAGCAUCUACUAGAGACUCUCAGUGAGAAGAAAGGGUUUGGGCCCCCUCAAGCAGCAUCUAUCCUACUCGCCGGUCCUACUGAAGAGCACCUGGAGUUUGUGCAGGAUGAAGACCAGCGCUUGCAGGAGAUGCACAGGAGACUAUCACCGCCAAAGAGCUGCCCCGAAGGCUCUCACGGCCACCGCGACUCCAUCGCAGUCGUGACCGAGCGGCGACUCACUCUGCAGGGAAAACGGCAAAAGCUUCGCCGGGUUGUCGCUGCUCGACUGCAACAGAAGCUUGCACCACUUCGCCACAAAUCUAUCGCAGGAGGUGAGCUGGAGAAAAGUGCCAGCACGGGUGGACUGGUUAACUUUCGUGUAGCAACAACCGCUCCACGGCCAGUAGCGUACAGUAUCACAAGCCUGGAUCCACUACCUCGUUCCCAUCGUUUCAAGGCUACGAGUACACUUCUCACACAAGCUAGACAAAGCAGUGCAAUCGACAUAGGAUCGAAGAGUGGAGCUGAAUGGGAACAGAAAGAUCAACAAGCUUGA